GGGGGUGACGUAAGGGCGCUCCGCGAGCCCGUCUCUCCUCGAAUGAAAGGAAACAACCUCCAGCGACAGAGCCCCGCUCUCAGGCGCUGCAGGAGAACCGAUACCGACUUCUUUCUCUUUCCCCUCAUUGGCGCUUCUCUCCCGCCCUCCGCCUCUAAGCCCCGCCGAAUCCAUGUUGAGAUGAUGAUGUAAAUCUGAAACCUUUUGUGGCAGACUUUUUCUUCCCUUUUUUGUUUGACUAUGCUACCUAUAAUUAUAAUUCGACCAAAUUUAAGGCUCAUUCAGAAAAUUUUUCCUUCCAUUACACAAUAUUACUAAUCAUUUCUUAAGGCUUAAAGUGGCAGUCUAAAGGCGAUUUAAAAAUCAUGUCAAGCUCAAUUGAACAGAAAAAAGGGCCUACAAGACAGCGAAAAUGUGGCUUUUGUAAAUCAAAUAGAGACAAGGAAUGUGGACAGUUACUGAUAUCUGAAAACCAGAAGGUGGCAGCACACCAUAAGUGCAUGCUAUUUUCAUCUGCCUUGGUAUCAUCACACUCUGAUAAUGAAAGUCUUGGUGGAUUUUCUAUUGAAGAUGUCCAAAAGGAAAUUAAAAGAGGCACAAAGCUGAUGUGUUCUUUGUGCCACUGUCCUGGAGCAACCAUUGGCUGUGAUGUGAAAACAUGUCAUAGGACAUACCACUACCACUGUGCAUUGCAUGAUAAAGCUCAAAUCCGAGAGAAACCUUCACAAGGAAUUUACAUGGUUUAUUGCCGAAAACAUAAGAAAACUGCACAUAACUCUGAAGCAGCUGAUUUAGAAGAAAGUUUUAAUGAGCAUGAACUGGAGCCUUCAUCACCUAAAAAUAAAAAGAAAAGUCGCAAAGGCAGGCCACGAAAAACCAAUUUCAAAGGGCUGUCAGAAGAUACAAGGUCCACAUCCUCCCAUGGAACAGAUGAAAUGGAAAGUAGUUCUUACAGAGAUAGAUCUCCACAUAGAAGCAGCCCUAGUGAUACAAGGCCCAAAUGUGGAUUUUGUCAUGUAGGGGAGGAAGAAAAUGAAGCAAGAGGAAAACUGCAUAUAUUUAAUGCUAAGAAGGCAGCUGCACAUUAUAAGUGUAUGUUGUUUUCUUCUGGAACAGUUCAGCUCACGACAACAUCAAGAGCAGAAUUUGGAGACUUUGAUAUCAAAACUGUUCUUCAAGAGAUUAAGCGAGGAAAAAGAAUGAAAUGUACACUUUGCAGUCAGCCCGGUGCUACUAUUGGAUGUGAAAUAAAAGCCUGUGUUAAGACUUACCAUUACCACUGUGGAGUACAAGACAAAGCUAAAUACAUUGAAAAUAUGUCACGAGGAAUUUACAAACUGUAUUGUAAAAACCAUAGUGGAAACGAUGAAAGAGAUGAAGAAGAUGAGGAACGAGAGAGUAAAAGCCGGGGAAAAAUAGAAAUUGAUCAGCAGCAACUAACUCAGCAGCAACUUAAUGGAAACUAGGUAUGAAAGCUAAUUAUAUGAGAUCUGUAGUCAGGACACAGUACACACUGAUAGAUACAUGUUGAAGUAAUGGUAUACAGUAAGAUCUUUAAAUCCUAUUAUGUUUAGUUAAGAGCAUGUGACUGGAAUGCUGAGGAUUGUGUAGGCUUGCCUAGUUUUUUCUUUUUUUUUUUGACUAGCCAGUUUUGUAACUGUUAACACAAGCUAUCUACUUUAUCAAUAGAUGUAGUUUUAAUGUCAAAUCGAUAAUAUAUUCUCACUCCUCAAUAACAUUAUGUUGAUUAUAUUCCCCCCAAGCAUCAUAUUUUACAUUUCUUUAUCAUCUUUUAAACAGGUUCAUGGGACAGAGUUAGAAAACUGGGAAUGAAUAAGACAUCCAUAACUACUAUUCUUUUUUUCACUGUUUUCUAAAAUCAAAAAGGGUUUGUAACUUUUUACUGCCCAACUCUUAGAUCCUUCAUUGAACUGCCUAAAAUCAUCUUGUUCGUUUUAUGAGCCUUCGCUAGACGGCUGAGUUUGACGUGUUGAUAUUACAUAGCUGUAGCUUGCAGUUUCUGGGACACAGUUGAAACACUAUUAACCCUGUGUAUAGUGUCAACAGUUAAAGUGGGCCUCGAAUGGAGUAAGCUAUAUUUCUGGACUGAACAAAUUUCUGCCGUUUAGAGUGUUUGAGUUUGUUUAGUGGAUUGAUGCUCAAGGGAAGGCAUAAGCAGAUUUUACUUUACAAUGCAAACAUGCGCUAGGGGCAACACGUGAUUUGUGGAUAUUUUUUUUUCCACACUCAAGUAACGGAGGCUAAAACUGAAGAGAACUUUUCUUUUUCUCUUGGCUUUGCCAGCACAUACUAAAAAUCUCAUCCAAGAAGUGUGCUGAAGCUUUUCAUUGGGUUCCUGUUAAAGUUGUUCUCCCUGAUCAGCUCGGACUUGGGCAACUGCUGAUUAUAAGCUAUUAGCUCCAGUGCUUAUGCCAAAAUUCUCUUGACUGUACACCUCUUCUCUUUCCAUGUCGUGCAGAGAGCUUCUGGCAAAAUGAUUGAAUCCUUUCAAGUUUAAAGUAAUGUUUGGCAACAGCAAAUUAAAUUUCUUUAAGAUUUAAAGGGUUACCACUCUCUAAGGACUCGAGACACCAUGUCUGAAACCUGUUCCUCUCAAGUGCCCUGUUGUGUGGAACACUUCACAUAUUGGCCCAAAGUGUGUAAGGAGGUGUUGUGUGCUGUAGGAGUGAAAAACAGUCUUUGCAUAGAACAGUAUUUAUUUUUUAACUUUGUGACCACUAUUUUAGAAACCUUAUUUAAUAUUUGUAAUGUUUUCAGUCAUUGCUUUGGUUAUCUGUUAAACAGGCUUUUGUGCCCUGCUUCUCUCCUGGUAGGGCUUAGUAUUUUAUUGAUCAUCAGAAUUGUGUAUGAAAGCCUAAGAACCCAGCUUUUUAGAAAGGAUUUUCACACCGGUAUUUCUAGCUUGUGAUAUUUUCUUCUACUUACCUGCUGAAGCGCAUUUAUAUAUUUCUUUAUGGUAAAACCAAAAAACUUCAGUUGUGAUCUGCCUGAUAGUACCAUAGCACCUCAGUACCAAGGGUAGGAAUUUGAUUUUUGGAUUGUUAGUUACUCUUCCACAACAAAGCAGAUUUGCAAAUAAGAAAUUACCAUGUUAACUAGACUGUACAUUGAAAUAGUCUGCCGCUGAUAGAACAGCAUUUUGAAAACGUUAACAGGUGGAAAAUUACACUGUGCUUAAUGACUGAAUUUUUAAACUGCUAGUCCCUUAAAACCAUAUUUGUAAAGUGUGUAUUCACACAUCUAUGUAAAACAAGGGACUCAAUGCUUGCUUUAUUUUAACCACAUUAUAUUAUUAUUUUUAGAAGGAAACUAGCUUUAGUAGUGGGUUGCCCUGUAUGUUUUAUCCUUUUGCUCUUACUAUGCUGUCAUGUGUAUGUGAUUAAUUUUCAAAAUUCAUCAUGACUUGAAGUGCAAGGACAGAUCUAGAUGUUUGUUUACCAAGCUAUGUGACUUUUCCCAAAGGAUCUGUACUUUAUUUCCUUACAACAGCUUGAAAACCAUUGUUUUUUUAAAUCUUUAGAUCACUGUGUCUACAUCAUUUGUAUAUUGUGUGCCAUAGAAUUUACCCAUGGAGAAACAGAGCUCCUUCAUUUUUGGACAACUACUGUAAUGACUUUUUUAGGGAAAAUGGAAGGUGCCCAGGGGGUAAUCAUGGCCAGUCAAUAAUUAUGUAAAGGACUUCAAAUACUAUAAGCUGUCAGUUGAUGGAUUUGUUAUGUAGUAAAAUGUAUGACUUUGUAUGGCUUUUUUCAGCCCUUUCUCUGCCACUAGCAACCAGAAUAGCACUUUACCUUUUGGUUGGCUAGACAAGUGGCUGACUACCUGUUUUCCUCACUGUGGUGUGAUUGGCUAAAUCAUCUUUCAUUACAAAAUGGAAAUGUAAAUGGAAGUCACAUGAGAAAUCAUCUUUGGUUGUAAAUCUCCAAUAUAUUGAUUCUCUAUCCAUGUUUUCGUCACAUGCUGAGUAAAAGUGCCUUACAAUGUAAAAAUUGUACAGUACUUCUGUUCCCAAGUAGCAUCAUCAUCUUCUGGGUAGUAAUUACAUUGUGGUAUUAAUAUUUAGAAAAAUGGACCUCAGCAGUGUAUUUACUGUACAUCUCUUAAGUCCUUAACUGUAGUUUUAAUAAGCAUGACAUUUGAUAAGUAUAUGACAUUUACAUCAUUUCAGAAAUACUGCCAUUAAUGUCUUUUAUGCAUAUUUUAGCCUGAAAUUUUGAAGCGUCUUUUCUUCCUUUUUUUUUCUUUUUCUUUUUUUGUUUUUGUUUUUGUUUUUUUUUUUUUUUGUUAUUGAUAUUAAACAGUGUAAUCUUUGCAAGCGUAUACUGAAGAUUAUUCUGGAGCAUUUAUUGCCUUACCAGAAAUGUUAGUAAGAAAUGUUCUUUAGAGUAGAAAGGUAGACUUGAGUUUCUAUACUUUAAUAAGAGCUCUUUGUUCCUGGGGGGAGGGGUGGUGGGGAAUUUUACUUUCAUCUCAAUUAAUUAAAAACCCACAACUGAAAUAAAUUUUAUUUCAAGAAGAGCGAUUUUAGAGUUUCAGACAGUACUUGCUCUGAAAUACGUGCUACUCAAGACAUUAAAGGAGUAAUAAGUUUUAUAGGUCUACUAUUGAUGCUGAUUCUAUGUACUUGAACAGAUGUGUGAAUCUCAAAUAUCUCAAAGCAAAAGACAAAGUGUUCUAGAGUGUUGUUGCUUUUUUAAAAAGCACUAAAGUUUGACCAAGGCAUACAGUUUUGUUCUAACAGACAUUUAGGUUAAUUGUAAAGAUAAGGAAUGCAUCCUGGGUCAAGUAUCAAACAUUCCUCUCAUGUUUGUAUAUUUUGUUCCUGUUAUAUUGGCUUUAUUUUCAAGAUUGUAGUUUGUAGUAUUUGUUUCCUUUUAUUGGUAUUCUUGCAUAUACUAUUCAUUCAAUAAAUGAGUUAUGACUUUCA